GAAGAAGAAGAGGAAGUAAUUAGUUAUCCUUGUGAGUUUCAUUUUUUUUUCAUGUUUUGUGAGCAUAUGGGACUUGCUCUGCAUUAAAUAGUUAAUAAGCAAAAUUCCUAAUUUUCAAAUUAUUUUUGACUCCAAUUCCAGUAAUUUUUCCAAAUCAUGGACUGAAGUCCUAUAAUUCUAGAUAGUAAGGGAGAAAAAUCUACAAGCUUCUUAGUAAUUGUUGCUUUGUAAAUUAGUAAUAAUUGAUACCCUUGUUAACUUGUGUCAAUACAAAAAUCACUAAGUGAUGCUUUUUCCUUCUCAUGAUAGUCAGGCUUUCACCUCUGUGGACAUGGACGUGGGAAAUCGCACCAUCCUGACUGAAUUCAUCUUGUUGGGUUUCUCAGCAGACCCCCAGUGGCAACCAAUUCUAUUUGGAAUGUUUCUGAUGCUCUAUUUGAUAACCUUGUCGGGAAACAUGACCUUGGUUGUCUUAAUCCGAAUUGAUUCCCACUUGCAUAUGCCUAUGUACUUUUUCAUUGGUAAUCUGUCUUUUUUGGAUUUCUGGUAUACCUCUGUGUAUACCCCCAAAAUCCUGGCCAUUUGUGUCUCAGAAGAUAAGCGCAUUUCCUUGGCUGGAUGUGGGGCUCAGCUGUUUUUUUCCUGUGUUGUAGCCUACACUGAAUGCUAUCUCCUGGCAGCCAUGGCUUAUGACCGCCAUGCAGCAAUUUGUAACCCAUUGCUUUACUCAGGUACCAUGUCCACUGCCCUCUGUACUGGGCUUGUUGCUGGCUCCUACACAGGAGGAUUUUUGAAUGCCAUAGCCCAUACUGCCAAUACAUUCUGCCUGCGUUUUUGUGGUAAAAAUAUCAUUGACCACUUUUUCUGUGAUGUACCACCAUUGGUAAAAAUGUCCUGUACAGACACCAGGGUCUAUGAAAAAGUUCUCCUUGGUGUGGUGGGCUUCACAGUCCUCUCCAGCAUUCUUGCUAUCCUGAUUUCCUAUGUCAACAUCCUCUUGGCUAUCCUGAGAAUCCACUCAGCUUCAGGAAGACGCAAGGCAUUCUCCACCUGUGCUUCCCACCUCAUCUCAGUCAUGCUCUUCUAUGGAUCAUUGUUGUUUAUGUAUUCAAGGCCUAGUUCCACCUACUCCCUAGAGAGGGACAAAGUAGCUGCUCUGUUCUACACUGUGAUCAACCCACUGCUCAACCCUCUCAUCUAUAGCCUGAGAAACAAAGAUAUCAAAGAGGCCUUCAGGAAAGCAACACAGACUAUACGACCACAAACGUGAAGGUUAUUCUCUUCGCAAAUGCUG